AGUAAUGUGAGAAUCCAAUCUAUCUAUCAAUCUCUCCAUAAAAAUAAAGGUAUCCCAGUGAACAAGUAGAGCCGGACCUCAAGGAUACUAUGUAGAUAGUCUACCAUAAUGCAAGCAUUAGUGGCUGCUCCCAUGACUCGAACUGAUGUAUCAAUCUCCCCAUAUAUUCAUCAAUCUUCCCUUUAUAUAUAUCCCAAGAAAUCUCCUCUUAGAAGCAAUCCUUUAUCUCCAUACUGACAAACAGAGAUGGACAAUAAGCUUCACUUUUUUCAUUAUCUCCAAUUCUUGUUGCUGCUGUCUUCUUCUUGCUUCUCACUUGUUGCUUUUUCUUGGAUUCCAUACAAUGAAAAUAAGAACUAUGAAGGCUCUUCUGAUCUUGUUAAUCUUGAAUACCAUAUGGGCCCUGUUCUUUCUUCUCCUAUUAAACUUUAUGUAAUAUGGUAUGGCCAAUGGAACCCUUCUCAUCAAGCCACCAUUAGAGACUUUCUCAACUCAUUUUCUUCUUCUUCUUAUGCACCUCAUCCUUCUGUUGCUGAUUGGUGGCGAACCGUUCGUCUCUACACAGAUCAAACUGGCCAAAACAUCUCAACCAUUUCACUUUCUGGUGAAUUCUUUGACUUCAACUACUCACAAGGAAAGUACCUUAGCAGAUUAUCCAUGCAAUAUGUGAUUAAAAAAGCAGUCAGAUCAUACCCAAAAUCUCUACCUUUGAAUUAUAGGAAUGGAGUUUACUUAGUGUUAACAUCUUAUGAUGUUCAAGUUCAAGAAUUUUGUAGGGCUGUAUGUGGUUUUCAUUACUUCACAUUCCCAUCAAUUCUUGGAGUGACAGUGCCAUAUGCUUGGGUAGGUUAUAGUGGGAAACAAUGUCCUGGUUUCUGUGCUUAUCCUUUUGCUUGGCCUAAGAAUUCAGGGAAACCACCACCAAGCACAAUAAAUGGAGGAAACAGCUUAAUGGGGGCACCAAAUGGCGAUCCGGGGGUCGAUGGGAUGAUCAGUGUGAUAGCUCAUGAGCUUGCUGAGGUCUCAAGUAACCCUCUUGUGAAUGCUUGGUAUGCUGGGGAUGAUCCUAUUGCACCUACUGAGAUUGCUGAUUUGUGCUUAGGUGUCUAUGGAACUGGUGCUGGUGGUGGAUUUGUUGGGCAAGUGUAUAAGGAUUCUUGGGGAAAUGGUUUCAAUUUGCAUGGAGUGAAAGGGAGAAAGUUUCUUGUUCAAUGGGUUUGGAACCCUCUCAGGAGAAGAUGUUUUGGUCCUAAUGCCAUGGAUUAGAUUAGUCAUGGUCAUUGACUAUAUAGCUAGAAGGAUGUUAUUCUUGUACAGAGUUGUUUUCAAGCUAAAUUAUUCCUCUUUAAAGUAUUUUUGCUUUAUGUAAUUUCUUUCUUUUCCCCAACUGUUCUGCUAAUU